CAAGAAAGUGAAAGUGAAGAGGCGCAAAAGGAAUUCGGUCUAAUUUGAAAAGGUUUAGCUGCACGGACAUGGACAUCUUUACGAAUAAGGACUUUGGUUUGACUGGAAACGCUACUCAAGCAACAGGAGGACCAGAAGGCAACAAAGACCAAGGACUCAAUCACAGUGACCCACUGGACAUGUUUGUUGGGAUGGAGCUUCUUCAACGGUUCAAACCUCUUUUUUUGCCUCUCUACUGCCUCGUGGUGGUCGUGGCGGGUGUUGGAAACUCAUUUUUGUUGGCCUGCAUUUUGGUAGACAAGAAACUCCACAAUGCCACCAACUUCUUCAUUGGUAAUUUAGCGGCUGGCGACCUGCUGAUGUGUUUGAGUUGUGUCCCACUGACUGUGUCUUACGCCUUCGACAGCCACGGCUGGGCUUUUGGACAACCGCUCUGCCACUUGGUGCCCUUGCUGCAGUGUGCCACAGUGUUUGCCUCGGUGCUUUCACUCACAGCCAUCGCUGUUGAUCGCUACAUUGUCGUCGCUCACCCAGUAAGGAAAAGAAUUUCUGUCUGGGGCUGUGGCGCUGUGACUCUGGGUGUCUGGCUUUUGUCUCUGACCCUGGCUGCACCCCCGUCUUUUUACACGCGCUACCUGGACCUUCGUCCCAGUGGGAUCGACUUGGUGGUGUGUGAGGAAUUCUGGCCCGACAGCGGCAACCUGCGGCUGCUGUACUCCUGCUUCAUCCUCACAACCUCCUACAUGAUCCCGCUGCUGUCCGUCAGCAUCUCCUACUGUGCCAUCACUGUUAGCCUCAAGCGCUACUCAGUGCCUGGGGAGCCAUCCAGCAGUCAACAGCCCUGGAGUCAAAGAAGAAAAAAGACCUUUACUCUGUUGGUGGCCUCAGUGCUGGCAUUUGCACUGUGCUGGCUGCCCCUGCAGGUGCUGAACCUUUUGCUGGACUUGGACCCAGAGUUCCUUAUCAUUGGGAAACGCUACAUAAACGUCCUGCAGGUUUGCUGCCAUUUAGUGGCCAUGAGCUCAGCGUGUUACAACCCUUUCAUCUACGCCUCUCUGCACAGCAAGGUGCGCAUGCAUCUGAAAGGCUACCUCUGUCCUUGCCGCGGUCGUCGAGGGGAAACGGUUGAGCGCGCCCCAUCCAGGAGCGGAGUGUUUGAUGCGACUUCAGUAACAGCUCCUGUCAUGCAAAGCCACAUGAUUCAUCCUGACAAUUAAAUUGAUGUUCAGGAAUAUGAGAAAAUGCCAAACGCAGGCUCAGUGUUCGCUUAGACCAUUUUCCCUCAUGGCUUUUCAGCUUUUUUUUUAUUAACUUCCAGACAUUCAGACCUGUUUUGUGGCUCACCACAGAUACCACAAACAGGCAAUAAUUUAUACCAGGGUGUUUGAUGUCAAGCUUGAUGAUGAAGUACAAGACAGCUUAAGCCGUCCUUUUGGAUAUCCGGGUUUUUCUUGAAUAGCAGAGCUUGUGGCCUCGACAUUCAGCUGACUGAAGUUUCAGAAAGCUCAGCAGAGGCAUAAAUCAGUGCUGAGGCUGGACACACAUGACGAGUGACAAUGGUUAAAAGACUUGUUUAAAAGCACUCCAGAGAGCAGGCUGAACAAUGAAUCCUUCACACCAGAUACGGAGUACAAGCCAAGAAGAGGAAAAGUGCAAAUGAAGUAUAUUUCUUUCAUUAUACAUAUUAUACAUACUUUAUUAUGAAUGUGUAUUUUUUUCUUUUUUGUUUCUGCCUCGCUUGCCUUAUAAAUCACCUUGAUUUAGUGAUGAAAUGUGCAUUAACUGGCUUUUUAAAAAAAAAAUUCUGUUUAUAUGGUGUGCUAUCUUUCUUAGAUGAUUUUACUUCACAGCAACAUUUUUUUUCAAUUUAGAAAUAUUUGUUUUUGUAAAUAGUGUGCAUUUUCAGGUUAUGAGGGAAAUGGAUUAAAACAAAGUAAGAAAUAAUAAAAACCCAAAUGACUGCACUGCCAGCGUUAGAAACUUCAGAUUCAUAAAGAGUUGAUAGACAGUCAUUUGGAUGUGUCUGGAGAAGCUAAAUGUAUUUAAUUAUCAUCUUAAUAUUCAGAGCAUGACCAGAACAGUCACUCUCUGCUCUUCGCAGUGACAUCUCUCUUACUGAGCUGCUGUCAAGCAUAAUCAAUAGUUUUAAAGCACCUGUGUCAAAUAAUUUUUAAACCAGAAAAUAAAUUACAAUUACUUGAUCUAAGUCUUUUUUUUUUCACACAAAAAUAAAACAGUAGAAUUAUCUAAGAGUCAAAGGGAAUUUACCAAAAUAUUACAAUAACAUCUAGUUUGAUUCCCCAACAGUGAUCCUCUCACAAAGACUGAUUUCAAUCUAGUGAUUUUAAUUUGGCUCUGAUACGGUUGGAGAUUUAUGGCUCAGAUUUGGUAAUAAAAAUGUUAAUUAUAGUUGGAGGUGUCUCCUGACGUUCUUUCCAUGCCUAUUCCCCGGUAACCUGAGAAAACAAAUGUUUGUUUCGUAUUUCAAUAAACUGGAGGAAGGAGAAGAAGGUCCAAAGUUUCACAGAAGUCAGAUGAUGU